AUGCCCAUAUCCAAUGGAGAUGCGACGGGAUGUGCCUUCGAACAUUUCGCGGAGGAAGUGGAAUUCGUGGACCACACCAAGGCCCUGGACAUUCUGAAAAAGGACUACUCCGGCGAUGGCCUGGAUAUCAAUGAACUCAUAAAUUCCGACAAGCGGGGAGCUCUGACCUAUAAUGAUUUCCUGAUCCUUCCAGGCUACAUUGGAUUCCCCGCAUCCGACGUUUCUCUCGAAACCCCUGUUACAAAACGUAUCACUUUGAAAGCUCCGCUGUUGUCCUCCCCAAUGGACACGGUCACGGAGCACUCCAUGGCCAUCCACAUGGCCCUUCUCGGCGGUCUUGGUGUCAUCCAUCACAAUUGUUCGGCCGAUGACCAAGCUGAGAUGGUGAGAAAGGUCAAGCGAUAUGAAAACGGUUUCAUUUUGGAGCCUGUUGUUAUUUCCCCCAAGACAACGGUCGCGGAGGCCAAGACACUAAAGGAGAAAUGGGGGUUCGGUGGAUUUCCAGUUACAGAAGAUGGAACUUUACCUUCGAAGCUGAUUGGAAUGAUUACCAGCAGAGACAUCCAGUUCCACACUGCAGGUGAUGACCCUGUGACAGCAGUCAUGUCUACUGACCUCAUAACGGCUCCCUCCGGCACAACCCUCGCCGAGGCAAACGAAGUCCUGAGAAGCUCCAAGAAAGGGAAACUUCCCAUUGUUGACAGCGAGGGCAACCUCGUUUCUCUCCUCUCAAGAUCAGAUCUUAUGAAAAAUCUGCAUUACCCACUUGCUUCGAAGCUACCCCACUCCAAACAACUUAUCUGUGCUGCCGCCAUUGGCACUCGUCCUGAAGACAAAGGCAGACUCCAGAAGCUGGUUGACGCCGGCCUCGAUAUCGUUGUCCUGGAUAGCAGCCAAGGAAACAGCAUGUAUCAAAUCGAAAUGAUAAAGUAUAUUAAAGAAACCUACCCAGAUAUUGACGUAGUUGCUGGCAACGUUGUCACCAGAGAUCAGGCAGCCGCCCUUAUUGCUGCUGGAGCCGAUGGUCUCCGUAUCGGCAUGGGCAGUGGCAGUGCCUGCAUUACUCAGGAAGUCAUGGCUGUGGGAAGACCCCAGGCUGCUGCUGUGCGCAGUGUUACCCAAUUCGCUUCCCGCUUCGGUGUCCCCUGCAUUGCAGAUGGCGGCAUCCAGAAUGUUGGCCACAUCGUAAAGGGCUUGGCAAUGGGCGCCACCACCGUUAUGAUGGGUGGCCUCUUGGCUGGUACGACUGAAUCUCCUGGAAACUACUUUGUCAGCAGAGAAGGGCAGCUCGUCAAGGCCUACCGGGGAAUGGGAAGCAUUGAUGCCAUGGAAGAUAAGAAAGCUGGAGGCAAAGACGGACAAUCAAGUAAUGCUGGCUCUGCGAGAUACUUCUCUGAGAAGGACCGACUACUUGUAGCUCAAGGUGUUUCGGGUUCAGUUUUGGAUCGGGGCUCCGUCACGAAGUUUGUUCCAUACCUCAUGGCCGGUAUCCAGCAUUCCCUGCAGGAUAUUGGGGUAAAGAACUUGAAAGAGCUUCACACCGGUGUCUCCAAUGGCUCGGUGAGGUUUGAGGUGCGCAGUGCCAGCGCCCAGGCCGAGGGGAAUGUUCACGGUCUUCACAGCUUCGACAAAAAGCUUUAUUCUUAA